AUGGCUGGAGUUUUUUCUACCACUACUCUUUUUAAUGAUUCAUCUCGUAUUCCAAUGCUAUUCGGUGAAAACUACACCGAAUGGAAGGACAAGAUUCUUCUAACUUUAGGGAGUAUGGAUCUUGAUUUGGCGCUUCGUGAGAAUGAACCACCCAUUUUCAUGGAUUCUAGUUUGUCAAAUGAAAAGGCUACUUAUGAGAGGUGGCAGCGAUCUAAUCGCUUAAGUUUGAUGCUCAUUAAGUCGCAUAUCAGUCAAAGCAUUAGGGGUUCAAUCCCUGAUUGUGACCGAGUCAAAGCUUACAUGAAAGCAAUUGAUGAACAAUUUGUAAACUCUGACAAGGCUUUGGCUAGCACCCUUAUGAAGAAACUUGCAAGCAUGACACUUGACAAAAGUAGGAAUGUGCGCGAGCACAUUAUUGAAAUGAGGGAUAUUGCGGCUAAACUAAAGUCCCUUAAAGUUGAGAUUUCUGAAUCAUUUCUUGUACAUUUCAUUCUCAACUCUCUUCCGUCGGAAUAUAUUCCGUUUAAGAUCUCUUAUAACACACAUAAAGAAGAAUGGUCAAUUAAUGAACUAUUGACCAUGUGUGUUCAAGAGGAGGAGAGAUUGAAACAUGAGACGCCAGAUUUUCAUCUUGUGACUCAUGGUAAAGGAAACACAAAGUCGUUUUUGCAAAAAGAAAGGGCACUGGAAGAAAGAUUACCUCAAGUACAAGAAGUGGAUCGAAAAUAA